AUGCUCAAGAUCGAAGGUCUCAUCUUCCUCCUCUCUCUCGUGGUGUCUGUACUAUCUAUACCCGUUUGGGAGAACAUAAACAAUCGAGAAUCUCUGGGAUCGCUUGUAUCCGGUACGAGCUAUCUCGAGGCUAUGGGCUCCGUUCGCAGAACCCAACAGACACAUAAACCGAAUUAUCUGUCAAUCGAUGCUCCCAAAGGAUCAACUGGCCAUGCGAUAAUCAAGCAAGAUCCAAUGCCACCACUAUUCUUUAUCAACCACCAUCAACUUUGGCAGUAUCAAAACGAGAGCUACAUAUUCCCAGUCAACGUCAUUAACUCGACACUCACAGCAGACGCUCCCUUGCAACUCAGUGUUGGCAAGAAACGCGAAGGAUUAGCUGGUGGAUUAUGGAGGUGGAGAGGGACUAUGCUGUAUUACGAUCAAGGCGACAAAAGUAACAAAGGGGCAUACUUGUCUUGUCUUGACAAGUCAGGUGCCCGCGGUGUUUUCAUGUUUUUGGACAGUUCUCCAACUCCUCGAGGGUGCGAGACAAUCACGAUUCACAGUUUUGUUCGCAAGGGUAACGGGCGUUGA